GGGGCCUCAACUCAAAGCCAGGUACACAAGGCGUAUUCAAUGGCGAAGUGCGUGCCGCUCUGUGGAGUUGGGUGGCGAAUCGAGUGACUGCUGACCGCGACGGGACGGGAACUGUGUAGUGCGUGUCUGCCAUACUUUUACCUGCCUUCAAAUUGACCUGUUACAAAACAACACACCUAGGUCAGAAGUCGGCGGCGCCAAAGCCGAGUUGAGAAUUGCAGGCUCAUCUGGGGUUCUAUAGGCUUCAGUCGGAUUUGGAGAGCAUUCUGUCACAUAUAGUUCGUGGAGAAGAUUAAUCUUCUAAAAUCACUUGCUACUCCCUGUGAAUAAAAUGGUGGCCAACGGGAAACCAGCCGCGGACUGCAAUGGAACGAGUGCUGCACCCGUGGGUGGACAACGACACAGCAAAAUUGUCAUCCCCAAAGACCCAUUCAAAUGGUUCUUCAGUUUCAUGACUUUGAACUCGAAAAUUGAAGGAAGCGGAGACGACUGGUUGUACACGGAAGAACCGCACACUGGGCGCCGGAAAGAGAUCUUGGACAAACAUCCAGAAAUCAAAUCGUUAAUGGGACCUGAUCCGUGGAUUGUGGUGCCUGUUACGAUAUCUGUCAUAUCUCAGGUUAUCCUAUGCUGGCUUAUCAAAGAUGCAUCCUGGAUGACGAUCUUCCUCAUGGCUUAUUGCAUCGGUGGAGUGUUCAACCACUCCUUGGGCUCUGCUAUUCACGAAAUUGGACAUAAUCUUGCAUUUGGACACGGCAGAAGAUCGUGGUGGAAUAGAGUCUUGAGCCUCUGGUGUAAUCUUCCGCUCGGAGUGCCGAUGGCAAUCACUUACAAGAAAUACCAUGCUGACCACCACCGUUACCUCGGAGAAGAGAUGCAAGAUGUUGACAUUCCAACUCGACUAGAAUCGUGGCUCUUCCAGCACCCACUCACUAAAAUGGUGUGGCUUAUUAUGCAUCCUAUUUUGCACUCUUUGCGACCUUUCUACAAGAGUCCAAAACCUCUCUCUGGUUGGGAAAUGAUCAAUGCCGUGGUUCAAUUCACUUUUGAUUUUAUUAUUUUUUAUUUCUUUGGCAUCAAGCCUAUUGUCUAUAUGGUCGGUGGAACUCUUCUUGCCUUAGGGCUUCACCCUUUGGCAGGCCAUUUUAUAUCAGAGCAUUACUUGUUUACUGAAGGGCAGGCCACACAUUCAUAUUAUGGUCCUCUUAACUUUAUACUUUACAAUGUAGGCUACCAUAAUGAGCACCAUGACUUCCCAUACAUUCCGUACAACCGUCUCCCAGAGGUCAAACGACUGGCCCCAGAGUAUUAUGACAAUCUCCCAUAUCACACUUCAUGGAUCAAGGUUGUUUGGGAUUUUAUUUUUGAUCGUAACAUGGGUCCACACGCCCAUGGCGUGGGAUACCCGAAGGGUGGCUUGAAAUCCAAAACCAUGUAACGGAAAAGAAUCCAUAUUCCACUCCAAGUCUUGAUAAAUGUUCCGGUUUUUUAUCUCUCGUUUUGUUACAGCUUAACGAUCAACCAUCCUUUUCUGUGAUUUGGCUCAUAAAAUGCAUUCCAUAAAUUUCUCUUCUCUGUCUUUUUUUAUUUAAAGAGAAAAAUAAGAAUCUUCAUAAACUUACACAUUCCAGUGAAGCAGAGAGAGGAAAAGAAAGUCCCAAUUAAAUUAUGUGUUCCAGAGUGCAGUAGGGAAUAAAAUAUGAAUGUUCAAUUGUCUAAGGUAAAGUACUCGUACCGACUUGCAUGUAUACUUUUUUUUCUCACAUACCCAACUGCUGAAAUCUAUGCUGUUUGAAAAUGAUCACAUGUUGCGUUUUUACUGGUUCAACUCUUUUGUUUGAUAUGUUUACAUUAUUUAUUAUAUCAUCGGUUUUGAAAAGAGAAAGACAUGGAUGAACAAGAUACUUGUAAACUGUGUUUUACUACUUUUAUGGGGGAAGCAAUUGUCAGCAGAAUUGUGUAUUCUUGAUAGAAGUCCGCCGAUGUGCUAACGUAAAAAUCAAAAGCAGUAAUUUAGUCAGCGUAGUAAAGUAACAAAGGAAUACAUAUAUUUGCUCUUUUGGUUUUGAAAAUCAAUUGCAAAUUCUGUUUUUACAAGAUAUCUCAUAAUAACCAGCUUCCUUUUCAAUUUAAAAUAAUUAUUUUUUAAAACAAAAGAUAAAUACUUCAUGCUUUUGAGGUCGUUGAAAUGAUGUGCUUCUUUUUUGUCUAAUUGUCUGAAAAGAAAACAUUUUUAGAGUGUGUUAUUUUCCUCAGGAAUUGAUUUGAUAGAUCUAUAUGUAUAUAUAUGUAUCUGUGAUUACCUAACGAUUUCUGCUUGUCCCAAAAGAAAGCAUUUGCCCUAGUCUUACACCAUAGCUCUAAAGUUACAUAUUCGCCAUAACCCGAUUAUUCUGCUUCAAAGCUUUUAAAUUUUUAUUUUUAUUUUUCACACACCGCAUAAAUAUUGAAAGAUAUCUGAUAUAAUAUUUUCAUAAUGCGUAUUCAAAUUAUUGGUAUUGACGUAGAUUUGUUUGACUGGUUCUUUAUUUUAUUCUUUCUUAAGCAAAGAGAA